AUGCAUUCGCUUUCUUUCAGAUCUUUACCCCUACAGCCUAGCUCCGAAGGACAAGGGUCCUCUUCGGAACCGUGUCCUUCUUCGGAUAUUGGUCCCAGGUCGGCCCUGGCAGCUGCAACUGCAGCAGCUGUUGCAGCCACUGCAGCCGCCUCCACUGCCAAAGCAGCUGUAUUAUCUGUAAAGACCCAAACGCCCUGUUCUGAGCGAAGGCUUAUCCUGGAUCCCUCCUCCUCCGACAGUCUUCUUGGGAAGCCCUGCACUGGACCCAACUUUACCUACAAGAUAGGCCAUGAGAGACUUGCCUUUAAGCCUGACAUUUACUGUGUUGCUCAGGAUCCCUGUACUACAAACGAUCUUAGCUCUGGCCCUGGCCCUGGCUCUAGCCCUGACCCUGGCCCUGGCUUUAGAUCUGGCCCUGUCCCUGGCUCUACCUCUGGCCCUGACCCUGGCUCUAGAUAUGUCUCUGUCCCUGGCUCUACCGCUGGCCCUGUCCCUGGCUCUAGAUAUGGCCCUGUUCCUGGCUCUAGAACUGGCCCUGUCCCUGGCUCUAGAUAUGGCCCUGUUCCUGGCUCUACCGCUGGCCCUGACUCUAGAUAUGGCCCUGUUCCUGGCUCUACCUCUGGCCCUGUUCCUGGCUCUACCUCUGGCCCUGGCCCUGGCUCUAGAUCUGGCCCCGUCCCUGGCUCUAGAUAUGGCCCUGUUCCUGGCUCUACCUCUGGCCCUGUUCCUGGCUCUACCGCUGGCCCUGGCCCUGGCCCUGGCUCUGGCUCUAGCUCUGGCCCUGGUCCUGGCUCUAGAUCUGGUCCUGGCCAUGGCUCUGGCCCUGACUUUGGCAAUGACCCUGAGCUCAGUCCCUGUGCUCUUACAAGCUCCAGAAAUCCUGGGGCAGCCCUGGCCCCUAAUUAUGCCUCCUGUAAUAACUACCAACCCUGGGAGCCUCAGAAACAACCCUGGAAAUUUUUGCCAGUCUCUGAACCUGCUGCCCAAGGGCUAUGGAAGCCCUCCAAGGUUGAAGAAAAGUAUAAGGUUCUCAAUGAAACAUUGCCUCGGGGCCGGUGCCUUCUCUACAACUGGGAGGAAGAGAGAGCCACCAACCACCUGGAUCAAGUCCCAAGCAUGCAGGAUGGCUCCGAGAGUUUCUAUUUCCGGCAUGGACACCAGGGACUGCUAACCCUGCAGCUACAGUCACCUCUACCCCUCAGCACCACCCAGAAAGACUCAUACCAGCCCCCACGAAACCAGUAUCAGCCAAUUCGAGGGAAGCGUGAAGCCAUGCUGGAGAUGCUCCUGUGCCACCAGAUCUGUAAAGAGGUGCAGGCAGAGCAGGAACAGACAAAGAAGCACUUUGAGGUCGAGUCUGUGACACACCAUGACUACCAAAAGGAGCUGGUGCAGGCAGGGCCUCCUGCCCCAACAAAGCCUCACGACUACUGUAAGGAGCAGCCUGAAACUUUCUGGAUACAGAGGGCACCACAGCUACCGGGUGUCAGUAACAUCAAGACACUGGACACGCCAUUCCGGAAGAACUGCAGCUUCUCAACACCAGUGCCUUUGUCCUUGGGGCAGCCUUUGCCCUAUGAACCUGAGAAUUAUCCCCACCAAUUGGGAGAAAUCUCUUCUCUUGGCUGUCAGGGAAGAGGGCUGAGUGGCGGAGGGGGUAGAACUGUCUAA